AGAGUAUCAACAAAAAACAAACAGCCAAAUGUUUUUAUUCUUGAAAGUAAUAUCAUUCGUCUAAUGGAGAAAUGGCUAAAUGAUAGAAAGCUUUGGCUAUUUGGUAAUCAUCUACCAUUAUUAUCCAGAAAGUAUGUUCUAUCGAAAUUUGAUAGCACGUUUUCAAAAAUCCAAUAAUAUUAGUGAGAACAAUCAUACUUCUAGCAGACCAGUGCGAGCACAAUCUCGUAGUAUGGAACGUUAUGAGAAAAUUUGUAAACUUGGCGAGGGCAGUUAUGGUAUUGUGUUUAAGUGUCGUAAUCGUGAUAAUGGUGAAAUUGUUGCGAUAAAAAAGUUUGCUGAAAGUGAAGAUGAUCCACUGAUUAGAAAAAUAGCGUUACGUGAAAUUAGAGUGUUAAAAAAUUUAAAACAUCCAAAUCUUGUAAAUUUAAUAGAAGUAUUUCGACGUAAACGCCGUUUACAUUUGGUAUUUGAAUUUUGUGAACGCACUGUUUUAAAUGAAAUGGAAAAAUAUCCAACUGGUUGUCCUGAUUUAGUUUGUAAACAAAUAUUAUGGCAAACAUUACAGGCUGUAUCUUAUUGCCAUAAACAUAAUUGUAUACAUCGAGAUAUUAAACCAGAAAAUAUUUUAUUAACUCAUAACGGUGUAGUCAAAUUAUGUGAUUUUGGUUUUGCACGAAUGUUAAGUCCUGGAGAAAAUUAUACAGAUUAUGUAGCCACACGUUGGUAUAGAGCACCAGAAUUAUUAGUUGGUGAUACACAAUAUGGACCACAAGUAGAUAUAUGGGCUAUUGGGUGCCUAACUGCAGAAUUAAUCAGAGGAGAGGCUUUAUGGCCGGGAAAAUCGGAUGCAGAUCAAUUAUAUUUAAUACGUUGUACAGUUGGUGAUUUUUUACCAAGCCAUAUGAAUAUCUUUCGUGCUAAUGAGUUUUUUAAAGGUAUUAUAUUACCCGUGCCACAACCAGAAGAAAUGAUUACACUGGAGGAAAAAGUUCCGAAUGUUGAGUAUACUGCAAUUGAUUUUUUGAAAAAAUGUUUAGAUAAGGAUCCAGAAAAACGAUGGAGUUGUGAUCAGCUACUAGUUCAUCGAUAUUUUGACAAUUUUCAUUAUAAGUUCCCAGACACACAAGAAGAAAAUAGUGAAAAAACUAAAUAUUUAGGAAAUCAAUCAAGGACAUCAAAUAAUAGUAAUACUAUGAGUUUACCACAACUGAAGAAGAAAAGUAUUGAUAUGAAAUCUCCAAGUGAAAAUAUAAGUAUGCAUAAGUUAGAGCACUUACCAGCUAUAUAAUAGAAUAAUUGUUUAAUAAAUUUUGUGAUUU